ACGUCACCGUGCGUCAGCGUUGGCCCAGCUGGGGUUUGGGGUUUGGGUUUUGGGGUUUGGAAACGGCAGAACGCCGCGGAGCUGGUCGUUACCUGGCUCUGUUUCGCUUAGACGCAGUUGCUUUCCUGGUGUGAGGAGGUCUCCCAGCAGCCGCCCUGCUUUAGUGCUUUCAGCGCUGGUACUGUGAUGUACAGCCCUGAAGAGUUCCCCCCUAUUCAUUUUUUCCCCUGCAGAAAUGAAUCUCAUUAUGGAAAGUGCAAAGCUUUAUAAAGGGAUAAAGUUUGAAUUUUAUGGAGUGUAAUUUUGUGUAUGAAUCACAUUUUUAAUAUAUAGUUUUCAUAAAGAAAGCUAGUAAAUUCUGGUACAUUCUGUGUAAACAUUAAUUUUAUUGGUAAUAUAGUGUUAGGCAUUUGUGAUAACAAAAGAGUUGUCUUGGUAAAUUGAUUCCUCAUUUAUCAUGACUGAUACCAUAUCUGAAUGGUCCUUAAAUGAAAAUCAGCUUAUUUAAAAUUUUUAAUGCAAUAUAGAAAGUGUGUGUUGUGGAAAUUUUAUGGCUGAUUUUUUGGAGAAAAUACCGUCAGUUGACCAGGUAUAAUAAAGAGAUAUGCAGAGUUAAGAAGAAAGACAACGUGAUACUGCAGGAAAUAGAAACAAAAUAGAUAAUGUUUAGCAAAGGUAGACAAGUUAACGGUGAGCUUUAAACAAUAUUCAUUUGACAUCUCUUAUAACAGGUGUAGGACACAAUAAGGCUUUGGGUGUUGACUUCCCCAAAAGUUGUUGGCUGAAGCUAAUAUAACCCACUUAAGUCAAUUCUGUGAUAAGUUGUGUGCAAUUAGCUUUUAAAUAAUGUGACCCUUUGAAAAUUUUAAUUACUUAUUUGCUAGAAUAAGAUGGGAUUAUUUUGGAUUUCACAGUAAAGUGCUUGUAAAGGGAAAAAAGCCUAAAUUUAACUUUACUUUUGUGGCAUAAUCAGUAAUUGUCCUUAUAUCUAGACUUUAUAGCUUGUAACCAAAAGCAAAUUAAAAAACAUAAUUUAGGUAUUCUAUAGUUACUUAGAAUUUUGAGAAUAUAAACUUCUUUGAAAAAUAGUUUUAAUAUCUUUAUAAGUGUGUAAACUCUUUUUAGGCCUUUAAGUCAGUUAUUAUACCAAAUUGUGAGCAAAUAGCGUGUAGGUUACUUAAAAGUGUUAAUAGAAUCCCAAAGUACUCAUAAGUAUCUUGGUAAUUUAGGAGAAAUAUAAAUCUAGUAAAGAAGGUAUGGUGGUUCAACUAAAUAGAAGUCUUUGAUUUCUUUUUGUGGCAAAAAGUGACAAGAAAUUGUAUGUGAAAGUUUUAGUCAUCAAAAAGUACUUCUUUCUACUCAUGCACAAAACUACCUCCAAAGAGUUAUCCAAGAUCCCUUGCAUCAAAAAAUAAGGAGUAUAAUGGAAGACAGCACAAUCUUGUCAAAUUGGACAAAUAACAACAAACAAACAAUGAAGUAUGAUUUUUCAUGUGAGCUCUACAGAAUGUCUACAUAUUCAACUUUCCCCAUCGGUGUUCCUGUUUCAGAAAGGAGUCUUGCUCGUGCUGGUUUUUAUUACACUGGUGUGAAUGACAAAGUCAGAUGUUUCUGUUGUGGCCUGAUGCUGGAUAAUUGGAAACAAGGAGACAGUCCUAUUGAAAAGCAUAAACAGCUAUAUCCUAGCUGCAGCUUUAUUCAGAAUCUGGUUUCAUCUAGUCUGCAAGCCACCUCUAAGAAUACCUCUCCAAUGAGAAACCAUUUUGCACAUUCAUUAUCUCCUAGUUUGGAACGGAGUGGCUCAUUCAGCGAUUCUGUUUCCUGCCUUUCACCAAAUCCUCUUAAUUCUAGAGCUGUUGAAGACUUCUCUCCUCUGAGGACUAACCCCUAUAGUUAUGCAAUGAGUACUGAAGAAGCCAGAUUUCUUACUUAUAAUAUGUGGCCCUUAACCUUUUUGUCACCAUUGGAAUUGGCGAGAGCUGGCUUUUACUAUGUAGGACCUGGAGAUAGGGUAGCCUGCUUUGCCUGUGGUGGGAAGCUAAGUAACUGGGAACCAAAGGAUGAUGCUAUGUCAGAACACAGGAGACAUUUUCCCAACUGUCCGUUUUUGGAAAAUUCUCUAGAAACACUGAGGUUUAGUAUUUCAAAUCUGAGCAUGCAGACACACACAGCUCGAAUGAGAACAUUUAUGUACUGGCCAGCUAGUGUUCCAGUUCAGCCUGAGCAGCUUGCGAGUGCUGGAUUUUAUUACGUGGAUCGCAAUGAUGAUGUCAAAUGCUUUUGUUGUGAUGGUGGCUUGAGAUGUUGGGAAUCUGGAGAUGAUCCAUGGGUAGAACAUGCCAAAUGGUUUCCAAGGUGUGAGUUCUUAAUACGAAUGAAAGGGCAAGAGUUUGUUGAUGAGAUUCAAGCUAGAUAUCCUCAUCUUCUUGAACAGCUGUUGUCAACUUCAGAUACUACUGGAGAAGAAAAUGCUGAACCAAUUGUUCAUUUGGGACCUGGAGAAAGUUCUUCAGAAGAUGCAGUCAUGAUGAAUACACCUGUGGUUAAAUCUGCUUUAGAAAUGGGCUUUAGUAGAAGUCUGGUAAAACAGACAGUUCAAAGUAAAAUCCUAACCACUGGAGAGAAUUAUAAAACAGUUAAUGAUAUUGUAUCAGCACUUCUUGAUGCUGAAGAUGAAAGAAGAGAAGAGGAGAAGGAAAGACAAGCUGAAGAAAUGGCAUCAGAUGAUUUGUCAUUAAUACGGAAGAAUAGAAUGGCUCUUUUUCAACAGUUGACAUGUGUCCUUCCUAUCUUGGAUAGUCUUUUAAAGGCCAACGUAAUUAAUAAACAGGAACAUGAUAUUAUUAAACAAAAAACACAGAUACCUUUACAAGCAAGAGAACUGAUUGAUACCAUUUUAGUUAAAGGAAAUGCUGCAGCCAACAUCUUCAAAAACUGUCUAAAGGAAAUUGACUCUACAUUAUAUGAGAACUUAUUUGUGGAAAAGAAUAUGAAGUAUAUUCCAACAGAAGAUGUUUCAGGUCUGUCACUAGAAGAACAGUUGAGGAGAUUACAAGAAGAAAGAACCUGCAAAGUGUGUAUGGAUAAAGAAGUUUCUAUUGUGUUCAUUCCUUGUGGUCAUCUGGUAGUAUGCCAGGAGUGUGCCCCAUCUCUAAGAAAAUGUCCUAUUUGCAGGGGUAUAAUCAAGGGUACUGUUCGUACAUUUCUCUCAUAAAAGAAUAGGCUAUAUUUUAGUCUUUACCAAAAAGCCUUUAAGGUGUUGUUGAACAUUGCAAGCCAUCUAAAAUUAAAACAAGGAAUGUUUGGUUCUUUAUUUAGUAACAUUUAUGUUCUAUUUAGGUAUGAAUAAUCUUAUUUCAAAAAGAGAUAGUAUUGUAUAUUUAAUCUUAAUCUGUUUAGUUUUAAGAGAAGACUUGUUUUUCAUGAACUAAAUCAGUAUGUAAGUGUGAACACAGGAAGAAUUAAAGGAGUAGUGUCAGUGUUGUUAUGGGUCAUUUCAGGAGUUACUGGAUUUGGUAUUUAUGAAAGCUUUGAGUACUACAUUACAGUAUAGUUGAAAAACUAAAUUAGUAACACUGGAAUUCAUCACAGUUGUUGACAGAGUCUUUGGUGCUUUUACUUGUUUUGUUAAGUAAGGAUUUUUCUGUUACUGAUAAACAAUAUUUCCCCUAACCUGUGAGAAACAAUAAAAUGCUUUAUAAUUAUUGUAUCAUCAAAAUUUAUUUCUUUUACCCUAUUAUAAAAAGUAAUUUUCAUCUGUGUUUACUCAUUUGCUAUGAAGUAAAAAAUUGAAUUCAUGAAACAAAUAAUUGUUUUUUAAAUAUGAUUCAUGGGAAUUCCCUUAAAAGACGGUAUAGUUGCUUUGUAUAAUGUAGAUAAAAUGUUGGAUUAAAACUGAAUCAUUAUCAAAAACUCUUAGUAAAAUUAGAUAAAUCUACAUUUAUUUUUUUUAAAUAAAAAAUAGCUUUGUUGCAUAGGUGUUGAUAGGGUGAGCAGAUAGGAAGUGGACAACUGUAGGUACCUCCUUUUUGGCACAAGCCUAUUUGACCUUUCUUACAUCUAACUCUGGCAGACUUUGGAGGUGAGGUAGAUAGGAGGUUUAGUGUUUAAAAACUCCAUUUUCCUUUCUCCACUAGUCUUUUAGAUUUCUUCAAAUGGAGAGUAUGCUGAGAAGGGUGGGUGAAAAUUUCUCCAUUCUCCAGUUUCUUCUCUUGCAUUUGUUUCCCUCUUAAUGUUCUGAUACAUGUCUGUAAAUGCAGAUGCAUACAUCUAGGUUCAAGACCUCAUAUCCAGUAAAAGAGAGUCUCAUUAUAUAGAAGGAAUGUAAAGUGAAUUUUUUACGCCUUAAGUUUUAUUUAUUUAUUUAUUUUUGAGGUACUGGGGAUUGAAUUUGGGUCCUCUACCUCUGAGCUACAUUCCCAUCCUUUUUUACUUUUUAUUUUGAAACAGUAUCUCACUGUGUUUCCUGUCAGAUUUUGCAGUCCUCCUGCCUUAGCCUCCUGAGUAGCUAAGUAAGGAUUUUUCUGUGGUUAUCUGGUAGUAUUCCAGGAAUGUGCUCCUUCUGUAGGAAAAUGUCCUGUUUGCAGGAGUAUAAUUAAAGGUACUCUUUGUACAUUACUCUCAUAAAAGAAAAUAGGAUAUAUGUUAGUCUUUGCCAAAAAGCCUUUAAGCUCUUGUUGAACAUUGCAAGCCAUAUAAAAUUUGAAAAAGGAAUGAUUGGUUCUUCAACACCUGUAUCUCAGACCUAGAACUACAAGAAUUAUAGAUGUAUCCUAGAACCCCCUAAAAUUUACUAGAUACAAAACAUUGUUAAUUUUUCUUUUAUUCUGAAUGUUACCAUACCUGAAGAGUUAAUCAGCUCUUUUGAGGAGUCAGAUGAAGUUCUUUAGUCAAAUAACCAGUGUAUCUAAAUCAUAGAACUAAUCUUGAGUUGGGAUAUAGCCAGGUGGUAGAGAACUUGCUUAGAAUGUGCCAGGCCCUAGGUUUGAUCCAUAGCACUACAAACAAAACAAAAAUUUCCCCACCCUUGGAAAAACAAUCCCUCUUGUUAUUAUAAAAUGUUAUUAAAUCUUUUAUUUUGCUUUUUGCUUAAUAUAAUAGCUGCUAUGUAUCAAGGAACCACUGUGUGCCACGCAGAGUCAGAGGUGUUUUAAAAAAUUGAAAUGUGCUCUGGGCUGAAUUUUACCCCUUUGAAAUUCUUAAGUUCUAAUCCUCAGUACUUCAGAAUGAGACUGUUUUUGGAAAUAGGGCUCUAAAAGAGGUAAUUUACUAAGGUGAAAUAUGAUAAUAUAGGUGAGUUCUAAUCGACAGCCUCAAAGAAAAGGAGAUUUAAAAACAGGCACACAAAAUGAAGACCACCUGAAGAUAUUGGAAAAGAUGGCUACUUAACAAGCCAAGAAGAAGCCUUAGAAGAAACCAAGCCUGCCAACACCUGGAUUUUAAAACUUAUAACUACAAGAAAGAACUAUGAGAAAAUUUCUGUUAUUUAAGCCACCCAGAUUGUGGGACUUUGUUAUGGUGACUUAAAACUAAUAUAAGGUGGUUGGUACUUUAAAGGACAUUAGCUCUAAUCUUUUCUGCAACUCUACAAAAUAAAAUUUGAACAUGGGUCUCA